GGUCAGACGCUCCGCCCCAGUUUUGGAAUGCUCCUGUAUGUCCUGUCAGCUGUAUUCGCUGUCAGAGUGAGUAAUUCGGGCUAAGUGUGAGGCGGAAGGGGAGCUAGAGAGCUCCGGUUACGGCACGCCUUUCAGGUAGUGAUAAAUAUAUAUGUCAGAUACCUUUUCAGCUUUCCUUUUUGGUGCAUCUUUCUUGGUUAACACAGUCGGCUUGUCUUGGGAGACCCCAUUCGCUUCUGUCGCACCAGUGGUUGUGUCGGCCGACGCUCGAAGUCGCACAGAGCGCCUCGGUGCUGGCUCGCCGGCUGGCUUCCCUUCGGGGACUGACUUCCGCUUUUCUGGCAUAAUCGAUUUGGUGAGCACUGAUUUCGGUGUCGCGUUCCAGACCAUACGAGAAGUGUUGGAGGUCGAGGUCGCAACGGUUUGGUCCCAAACCGGCAUAGCGUGGAUGAGUCUUGGCGCCAAAAUCGACUCCAGCUCAACGUUAAUUCGUAGAAGGCUCCAAAACCAUUCAUCACGCCGUGACCUUGUGUAACCCUUCAAGUGCCGCCUCCUGAUACCGUCCACGUCCGAUGUGGUGACCGGCUGGGUCAAUAAGUAUGACGUCUUAAAUCUUUGGCUUUGGCGUCUUCGCGCCAACUAGCGGAUCGGCUGGCUCGGCCGGAUCCAGGUGAGCUUCUUCAGCGGCAUUGG